GGUAAAGAGAUAGCAGCUUGUGACCUAGGAUUAGCCCAACCAACAAUAGCUCACAUGGCCCUGUUUAUGCUUUAUAAACAAGGGAAAAUAUCUCAUAUUGUUUCACAGAAUUGUGACGGAUUACAUCUCAGAUCUGGAAUUCACAGAAACAAACUUUCUGAGGUUCAUGGAAAUAUGUUUAUUGAGGUUUGCAAGACUUGUAAGCCGGUUCGACCGUAUGUACGCCUCUUCGAUGUAACCGAGCGAACAAACAGGUUCCGGCACAGUACACGCCGGCGCUGUUAUAUCUGUGGUUCCGGUCUGAUGGACACAAUCGUCCACUUCGGUGAGCGGGGGACCCUGUCCUGGCCGAUAAACUGGAACGGAGCGAGUAGAGCGGCCGAGAAGGCAGAUAUGAUUCUCUGUCUUGGUUCUAGUCUCAAGGUGUUGCGUCGGUAUCCUUGGCUGUGGUGUAUGGAUCGACCUGUUAAUAAACGUCCGCCGUUAUACAUCGUUAAUCUACAAUGGACGCCGAAGGAUUCUGCCGCCACACUUAAACUUAACGGAAGAUGUGAUUUUGUUAUGAAUGAAGUUCUGAAACUUCUGCGCAUGCGUUUGCCUGAGUAUACACCGUACAAUGAUCCUCUUCUCUCAUAUUCAACUCAUCUUAAUGAAAGAGAGGAGCAUACCACCACCAGAAGAACUUUGAUAGAAUCUCGUCCUGUUGGCGUCAAUCAUAUCUCUAUGGAGGCGAGAGUAAGUGAUACCGGCGUUAUUACGGAGGUUCGGUGUGAAAGCCGGUUUACGACGGCCGGUGACCAAUUCCGAAGUCGGUCUAGAGACUCCGAGAGCUCCGUGUCCAGUUCAUCCAACUCAUCUAGUAGCAAUUCAUCCAGUAAUUCAUCUAGUAAUUCAUCCAGUAAUUCAUCUAGUAGUGCAUCAUCCAGAAACUCGAGCACGGAACGAACAAUAAAAUCACAAAUUAAAUCUGAACCUGAUCUAAACUCUGCCAAUAGCAACGGGUUAAACGUCUCCGAUAACAGUGUAUCACUUGUUACAAACGGUGUCAAAGAAAACGGUCCGACAGUCAACGGUCACGGCUUGACAGAAUCUCCUGGAUCGGUUCAAACUCAAGAAACUGAGCUUUUUACAGAAACCAAAUUCAUGAAAACUGAAUCUGAACUCCACCUUGAGAAGAGUAAAACUGAGGUUCAUUGCAACGGUAUCAAGGAGGAGUCCGUGGACAUGUUCUCUGUAGUGAAGGACGAGGAUAAAGAUGCGUGUCGUCAGGAGGAAGGAGGAGAUGAUAAAGAAAAGACUAAAAGUACAAGAAACCAAAGCUGUGAUAAAAUUGAUGAAAAUCCUCACCAGAAAAUUCAAGACUCGAGUGUGUCUGUAUUCCCUUCUCCUGAUCAUACAUACGCAAUAUCUCCUCUGAAACAGAAAGACGAAAACCAACUAUUUGGCAAAAUUCAAACUGUUCAAGUAAAAAAAGAGGAUAUUCUUGAAAAUUCUCCGGAGGUUGAAAUGAAAGUUGAACCCCUAGAUGCCCAGGAACCCCCUCCUCCUGUAGCAGUUCGAGCUUCAAGAUAUGGUUUAAGGGAGAGAAGAACUCAGAAAUAUUCUCAGUUUGACGAGGAUUAUUUUAUCCAAUGUCAAGAGCAGGAGGAGGAACCUUUAAAGGCUGUGACUGUCAAGAAUAAUGUUCGGAACGGGAAGGAUGGAAGGUUAUCAUUAAAGGAGGAAUUCAAGAAGGAUGGGAAGGAGGCUGUGAAGGGGAAGGUGAAGGAGGUUGAAUACAGAACUAUAGAGUGGGGGAAGGAUGCUCUUUACUUCAGUUAUGAACCUAACUUCUUAUUCCUAGAUGAUGAGGAUGGAUAUGUUUGUGAAUGCUGUGACCCUGCCUCCGGUAAAAAAGGAACCUCGUCGGAGGAUAAUUCGGAGGCUGAGGUCGAGGAAGAAACUCCGGAGGAUGAGGAUGAGAGUGGACAGGACGGAGAACAAGAAAUACUAGAGACUCCGGAGAUCAAACCUCAUGCUCCGGGCUGGUUCGGGAAAGGACGAAGAAAGAGAGGACGGACAAAAUAAGAGAAAACAAUCUGUAUUUUAUUUAAAUGGGGACAAAUAAGAAAAAUUCUGGAGCAAAAAAGUUUUUAAAAAUACGGUUUGAAAUAAAUGGACGUAUUACUAUCCUGUUAAAAAAAGCAGGAAAACGCCAAUUUUAUUAUUUAAAAAAAAAUAGAUUCAUUAAGUUUGAAGUGGCGAUAUACGUAAUCUCAAGUUCCCUUCCAAUUAUAGAAUGGCAUCUCUGAUUUAGAGUGGUACCCUUCGAACCUUUAUCUCCGCAACAAUUAUUAAAGAUAUUCUUCUUUUUCUAUCUGAAGAAAGAUUGUUUUCAAUUCUGACGCGUAACUUUUUUCAUUGUUUUGAUGAAGAAAAUAGAGAAUUUAUAUUCUAACACUUUAAAUUGGAGAACACUUUAAAUUAUAUCGACAGUCCCUUUAAACAUGUAAUUAUCACUUCUUACCCUUUAACAACUUGACCCGACCUCGCAUCCGUUUUAAUACAACAUCUCUUCUUUUGUCUUUGUAAUCUAUGGGAAGAUAAAAUGAAGAAUCUUAUAUAUUUUUAGAUAGGAUUAUGAUGGAACCAUAUGAAAUACAACGAUUAUUAAUUAUGUAUUGUAUUCUAUGGGAAGAUAAAACGACGAAUCCUAUAUAUUUUUAGAUAGGAUUAUGAUGGAACCAUAUGAGAUACAAUGGUUAUUAAUUAUGUAUUGUUUUCUAUGAAAUGCAAUGAUAGAACUGGCUAAAUAAUUAUAUUUGGACAUAGAUCUGUUAUGACUGAACUUCGAUAAAAAUUGUUUAUCUCAUGAGCAUGCCUGCGCCCUGCAUGAUGCAAGAAAUUUUUAUUUCUAUCAUUUUUUUGCUCAAUUAUCCCUUUGGAGAAUACUCAACUUGCAUUAUACUCUAAUUCUUUAAUCUGAGAUGCAAAACUGUAUAUCAUGAAUUACCCCCUCCCCCUCUACUUUCUUGAAUUAACAGUGCCAAAUUAAUGCCAGUCAAAAUCCCCUCUAAUUAUUUUCUUGUUAAGUUUGUAAAAUAGAUUAAAUUCAGCGCUGCCAAAUAUUGUAAACAUGUGUUAUAUUGUAUAGUUCAAUUGUUACUAAUAUACCGAAACUCUUGAUAUUUUUCA